AUGUUGUUUUAAUAAACAUGGAUGGAUUUAAAAGAAUCUAUGAAUACUUCCUAUUACACGAGUUUCAUUUAUCUCUCUAUUGGAGCAAUACUAAAUACUUCUCCGCUUUUGGAAAUAUAUCUAAAAAUUUCAGAUAAGAAUAACUAUUAACAAAAUUAACUUUACUUAAUAUUGGACUCCUUAAAUGUUGGCAAGUAUUUAUUAAAAUCUUCAAUCCUACAUUCAAUUUAUAUUCUAAUUAUAUUUGCCUUCAACAUAUUUAUUAUCCUUUUGUUCAUCAUCUUGUAUUACAUAAAGAAAAAGAAUGCGAAGACAAACAUCGCUUAUACCAUUUAUGGCCAAAUCCUCGGAUAUAUAAUAUAACCCUACUUUUGGUCGACAAAUGGAUUUUUAUUAUAAAUCUAAAACACUUAUUUGGAAUAAAUACAAAAUUUAGCUUUUAUUGUACUAGAUUGUAUUGCGAUCCUAUUAUAACUAUUAAUUUUAUUAACCCUGACCCUCUUUCUGCAUUAUGAUCAUUCUUAAAAAAAAAACUUCUUAAAAAUUAAUUCCCCAAAAACUCUCAUGUUUUACAUUAUAACUAUUUAUUGUAAUAGCUGUUUAGAGUUAUUUAUAAACUCUAGCAAUAAUUUGAGUAUAGCAUUUCCAAUAGUAUUGGCUUUCUUAUUUUUAAUACUUUUUGCAUAAAUGCAUUAGGAUCUACCUGUUUUCUCAAAUAAAUACUUAACCAACUACUUUUAGAUUAUUAUUGGUCUGCAAUUUGCACUGGCUUUAAAUUUGUUGAUAUCAUACUUUAUUUACUUAUUUGAGGAUCGUUAUUGCAUAUAGGUUCUAUUAACUUUCAUACUUUUGAUUAAACUAAAUUCAAAAAUAAGAUAAUAUCUAAUAUUAAGAUCUAUCAUUAAUUAUAGUGCCACAAAAAUGAUUGAUUCAAGAACAAUAGUCUAUUUGAAAUAAAAUCCCUAAAAUUUGUUUUUGUUGAGAGGAAUUAUUAAUCUUCAUCAGUCUUUGUGUGUAAAUAUAAACUGUUUUUAUCGUUUAAAAUCUAUAUAUAAAAUAAGUUCUAAGGGAAAUAAAAAAAUAUACAUUAAUAGAGAUGCAAUCUAUGAAAAUAUUGGUAGAAUUUCAACAUUCUUCCUUAAAUGUACAUAUGAAAGUGCGCAACUUAAAAAAUAGGAUUAAAGUACAAAGAUACUUUUAAUUGAGUUAUUAUGUUAUAAGUUGAAAUUAUAUUCUGAAAGCCUGGUUUAAAUCGAUAAACUAAAUUCAGAUCACCUAAAUCUACUUCAACGAAUUAAUGUAACUAAUAUUAGAUUGAUAAUCUCCAGACUAAUAAAAUAAAAAAAUGAAUAAUCUUAUAAAUCAAAACUACCAUUUGAUCAUUUGCUGUUAUGUGAGUCAUAUAUCAAAGAAACAGUGGAAAUAAUGAUGAACAUUUUUGGAUAAUAAUUACAAUUUUGGAAUUACUUGUUAAAUGAAAAAAUCAGAUUAUCGGACGAAUUAAUACUUUUAAAUGAAAUCAAUUAGUUGAUAAGAAAGUUUUAAAAAUUAGAGAAAUUGAUUUUAAAUUUGCAUUAUAACCACAAGGUACCUAUUAGGAACAAACAAUGGUUUAAUUACUUUUUCUUUAAAUUAUUCAUUUUAAAUAAAAAGUUAAAAUUGCAAGAAUUAGAAAUUCUACCUGAUUAUUAAAUUAAUUUAGAAUAAAUCAUAAAGGACGAUCAGAUAGAUGAGAAGUCAUCUGAUGAAGAACCUGUCAAUUAUUACUAAUAAAAGUUUUUAAUCUCUGGUAAUACUUUUGUAAUUCAAAUUAACUAAGCUGGCAUCGUUAAGAAUUGUACAAAUAAUACCUAUUAAAUCUUAAAUUACAAUAGAUAAACCUUAGUGAAUAGUUCUGCCUCUAUUUUAAUGCCGCAGAUGUUUAAACAACAUCAUUCCAAAUAUAUCAACCACUUUUAAUAAACAGGAUAAUCCUCCAAUUUAUACAAGAGAAAGAAGGCAUUCUGUAUGCAUGAUUCAGGAUAUAUUAUAAUUGUCUACAAGUACCUGAAGUGUAUAUAUAAUUAUAAUUCAAAUCAAAUUGAAUACAUCGCCAUGUUUAGAUAAAUACAAACAAAGCAAGAGUAUCUACUAUUAAAUGAAGAUUGGGAAGUAGACUCUUGUACAUAGUUGUUAUAGGAUAUAAUAGGAAUAAAGUCUUUGAGCUUAUUCAUUUUGGCUCCUAAAACUAUUGUAUAUUCUCAAUAUGAGAAAUUUUUGACUAAGGAAAAUAAAAACUUUUUUAGUUUAAAUGCUCCAAAUUUAGAGAAGAAUAUAUCUCGUUUAUUUUACACAUAACAUUCAUCUCCUAUGGUGAGAGGUUCAUUAACUUCUAGCAAUGGAUAGAUAUCGAUCUUGUAAAAUUAAGCGGAAUUGAAAAAGAGUUUUCAAAAUUUUUUAAAUCAAGAUGAUGUUAUUAAUUUAGAGGAUCAAUAAAAGUCAAAAGUAAAGCAAAUUUUGUUCAAUUUAAGAGUUCCAAAAUAAAAGUAUGAAUUGGUUUAAGAAUUCUAAUCUAAAUUAUCCGAAUCUUAUAAGUAAGCAAUAUACUCAGAACCCUUUCGAAAGUAAUUAAUAGUGAAGAGUGCAUCUGGUAAAUUUAAAAUAGUGAGAAGUGAGUUUAUCAGGAGAUGCAAAGUUUACUAAGAAAUCAUUAGAAAAGAGAAAUUUCAAAUUAUAAAGGAACUAUUCUUAAAAUAUACUUAAUCCGAAGAUUGUGUUGAUAAGAUAUUAAGAAUAGAAGGGACAUUAAAAUUAGAGAAGACUUCACAAUCUAAAAGAUACAUACUGAUUAAAAUAGUUAGAACUGAAGUCAUUGAAGAAAAUCUUAUGACUCAGAGAUAAAAUAGUUGUUUUACUUUAUCACUUUAAGCCCCUUAAAUGAUAUCCUCGUAGCCAACUAAAAGAACCUCUGUUACUCAACAAAGUCCCAGGAAUAUAAAUGUUACAAUCAAUGAUUAAUUCGAUUUAUAUUCAAAUAGAGAGUCAAUGGGAAAGGUCUUAUUACAAGAAGUAUAAGUGAAUUAAGACUUUAAUUAACAUGAACACUAUAAAAAUAUCAAUUUUAUCACUUGCAAUAGUGAUCUUUUAAAGGAGGAUACAAAUAAAAUUGAAAAAAAAAAUCCAUCCAUUAUUUAGUAUGAAUACAUCAGUAGGUUCAUAUUUAUUUUACAAAUUUUGAUAGUGUUUUUAAGUUUCUUCUUAACUUCGUUCAUUUACAACAAAAGUACAUUAAAUGAAUCAGUAAUCUUAGUUGAUUAUCUCUUUCAUUAUUAAAUAAUAGUAGCAGAGUCUUAUAAUGCUUAGAUAGACGUAGAAUUAUUUAAUAGAAAUUACACUUAAUCAAUCAUAACAAAAGGCGAUUUAAUUGGAUAUAAUUCAGCAGAGCAAUUUUAUUAAUAUAAUCAAAUCAUAACCCAAAAGUGUGGCGAUUACAUGUAUAUAGUUUUUUGGGAACCAAAUUUUUUGAAAAUGCUGUAUUAGAAUUUUCAUAGCAACUCGAAUGAAAGUGGAUUAGAUAUUCAAACGAUUUAUUAAGCUAAUGUUUAUCUUUUAAAUAUGCUCUCUACUUAAGAGUUUAAAGAAGAUUUUGGAAUUUCAGAUACGUUUCGUAAAUAUAUGGUAUACAAUCAAUUCAUGUGA